CAUCGGCCUCUGGAGGCAGCGCCCUCAGCGUGUGGCCGCUGCUGCCGCAGCACCGGCGCGUCCUCGCUGGGCGCCUCUCUCGGAGCCUCGCUGCGCCCUGCCCUCGGCCCCGGCCCCGGCCCCGGCCCGGGGACUGCGAGCCCGGUGCCCCCAGCCCCGCGGCCCACCGGGGCUCGGCUCCUCUGCCCCCGCCCGAGGCGGGGCCGUGUCCGUGUCUGCGUCCCUGCUGCAGCAUGAAGAGGCUCCUGGGGCUCUUCGGCAAGGGGCCGCCUGCGCGCGGCAGCGCUUCCCUGCCCUGCAUGGGCGCCGCCUACGAGCUCCGCGAGAAUGAGCUGGGCAAGCUGCACCGCGCGGCCGCCAGCGGCGACCUGGCGCAGGUGCGGCGGCCACGGUGGCUGCUGAGACCCGGCCUCAACGGGCGGGACCAGGCGAAGCGGACACCUCUGCAUCUUGCUUGCGCUAAUGGACAUGCGGAGGUUGUUUCGUACUUAGUAGAGAGGAAGUGCAAGCUCAAUCCUCGUGAUAAUUUUGAGAGAUCGCCACUGAUGAAGGCGGUACAGUGCCAGCAAGAACAAUGUGUCGCCAUUCUGCUAGCGCAUGGUGCCGACCCUAAUCUUGCAGAUGCUCUCGGCAACACUGCCCUUCACCUCGCUGCCCUUGCUCCUAACACCUCUCUAGCAGGGCAGUUACUGGAGCACAAUGCCCAUAUUGAUGCGCAGAAUAAGGUGGGAUACACGCCCCUCGCUCUUGCCGUGUCCAAGCAUCACAAAGAGAUGGUGGAGUUCCUGCUUAGAAAAGGAGCUGACGUGCACACUCGAGAUCAGCCUGAAAGGACCCCUCUUAUGCUUGCUGCUUCUGCUGGGGACAUGAGCAUCAUAGAAGUUCUUCUUGGCUACAGUGCUGAUCUUUCCCAGAAAGACAUUCUGGGACGGACAGCAGAAGAUUAUGCUGCUACUUCUGGGCACGCUCAUGUUAGUCAACACCUGGCAGACUGCACAGAGAAGAAAAAUGCGGGAGAAGCUUCUGCAGGCGGCACAAGAGGCAUGCCAGUG